AUGACGAACACGGGCUUGGUUGUGUUUUUGGCUCUUGUUGCCAUUUGCUCAGGAUGCAGCAUCACAUGGCCAAAUAAGACCGACACUGCAAUUAGCUGGUACCAAUGUAAUAACGGCCCCAUAACCUUUUUCAAUGUCACUCCAUAUGAUGCUAACGGUAAAUACGAAUACCCCGUCCAUCUAAGCAAACCACUAAUCAUCAAAGCCGAUAUCAAUAACCCAAAAGCUACCUAUGGAUCACCAGCACUGAAACAAACUACGAACAUUUGGAGUUGGUCAUCUAGUUGCACAUGGACUUCAGUGCCUACAUUUGGCAUGCUCAAGAACCUUGACGCAUGCACUAAUGGCAUUCCUUGUCCCAUCAAGACCGGACGCCAGUACAUCAACAUUGUCAAUGACUUCUCACCUUACAGCGCAAUCAUCAACUUGUUGAAGGAUGAUGCUCCUUAUCAAAUGCAAGUGGUGCUCCACGACGAUACAAGCAAAGCGGACGUUGCUUGUAUUACCUAUCAAGCUAGAGCUAGAAUUCAAUGA